AUGGAUUGCACCAAGGCCAACGCGCUCAAUCGCGGUCCUGACGGCACAUUUCGUGACGAUCAGCUGCGCCACAAGAGCAACGAACUCAUCGCGACGCUCGCACGGACCAAGACGGUCAUGUCGUGCACAAGCGAGACGUUUACAGCCACGAGCCUCUUCUUAAAGCAACCUGCGACGAUCGUGGCGACGGGCAGCUGGGGCAGCAGCCUCGUCAGAUAUACGUGGCCCUUGGCCGGCGACGGAUCCACGCUCGAAAUCCUCAAACCGCGCUAA